UGCUUCAUCGCAAGGACUCUGUAGCCAGAUCCGAAAACCAGCUCUCCUCUCGGCUCUUUGUGGUGAUUUCCAGUCAUAAAAUUUCGCCACAGAAGUAGUUGAUUUCAGUUUGGUAUAGCUUCUGUUCGUGUGCUGUUUAGCAGUAAUCUUUUUCUUGAGUUCUUCGGCGCGAGAAGAUGAGUAGUCCGGCAGAUCCGCUUGACCACGAACCCACCGUCAUCGAAUCCAUAUCGACACAAGAAAAAAGAGCUGACCAGUGCGCCGCGGGGAUAGCUCAAAUGUCCGUCAAAGAGGCGCGGCCACUGUUGACGGUAGCUGAAGCAGACCAGCUAGAUUCUUCUAAUGGCAGCACAGAGCAGCACGUCUCAACAGUAGUAGACGGAGAUCCUGGAUCAAAAUCAAGGACUCCAAAUGUGAUUGAUGUCGAAAGGGAAAAGAGCGGCUGGGUUCGACGUCACAGACACAGCGCAAUGCCUGACGAACGAGCCGCUAGUGCAGAAAGGAUUAGUGCACUGGAAUUAGCAUUUAGAGGAUUCGCUGAGAGGAAAGGAGAUGAAGUCGUAGUGCCUUCUAUGGGGUUGACAUUUGAUUCGCUAGGAGAGGCCUACGACUACUACAACCUGUAUUCAUGGGAAUGCGGUUUCAGCAUCAGGUACGGGAAGAGUCGUACAAAUGUCAAAGGUGCUAAAAGCAUGCAAGAGCUGCUUUGCAACUGCGGGGGGAAACCAAAGAAGGUGAACUCUACCUCUUCCAGAACAGAGUGUCCAGCGAUGAUUAGAUUGCUGAGGAUUGAAGAUGAUGGCUGGUACAUAUGUGAGUACAAAGUCUCUCACAACCAUGAGAUGUUACACACAUGCGCCCAGAAACUCCACUUCCCUUCCCACCGGCACAUAGACAAAUACACAAGAGAGCUGGUAUCUCAACUGCGUCAGAAUAAUGUCAACCUCAGCAAAGUUUACAGCAUAAUAGGGACAUUUUUUGGUCGCAUAGAGAAUGUUCCUUUCACCAAAAGAUGCCUGAGGACCUUGUGCGCGAAACUAGGCAGAGACCAAGCAGAUGAAGAUGUUAAGAAGACAAUGGAUUAUUUUGCUGAGCUGAAGCAGAGUGACCCUGAAUUCACUUAUACAGUUCGUGUAGACAGUGAGAGUAGAGUUAGAACACUGAUAUGGACAACUGGGAAGAGCAAAUUACAGUACCACUACUUUGGUGAUGCUGUUACAUUUGAUACUACCUACGGGACAAAUCUAUACGACAUGCCAUUCGAACUAUUUGUUGGGGUUAAAAACCAUUUCCAGAGUGUUAUAUACGCUGGUUUACUUAUGCAUGAUGAGAAAGUAGAGAGCUUUAACUGGGUUUUUUCAGAGUUUGUCAAGUUGAUGGGAGGGAAGAAACCAAUUACCAUUCUAACUGACCAAGCAAGAGCCAUGGAGCUAGCUAUCGAGCAAGUUUACCCAGAUGCAACACAUCGUUGGUGUAAGUGGCACGUUUUAAAGAAAGCAAAAGAAUCGCUCGGGACUUUGUACAACAAACAGAGUGAAUUCAGGGUUGAGUUCCACAAAUUAAUACAGGAAAUGUUGACUGAAGAAGAGUUUGAAAAACAAUGGAAAGAGUUGAUUGACAAAUAUUCACUGCAGAAGAAUACUUUCCUCAUACAGACUUAUGAAAAGCGACAUAUGUGGGCGAAACCUUAUUUUGCAGGGAAGUUCUGUGCCAGGAUGACUAGCACACAGCAUAGCGAAAGCGCGAAUCACAUGCUCAAGAACUACGUACCUCCAGGCUGCCCUAUGAAUCUUUUUGUGAAACAAUAUAGCAAGCUUCAAUUCGAUAGAGACCAGGAAGAAGGUUUUCAAGAAAAACGUACUAGAUUGGGAGGUGUUGUACUAAAGGCAAACAUUCCACUGGAGAAGCACACAAGCAAAAUAUACACGAGGACAAUGUUUGAAAUGUUUGGUUCUUAUAUGUAUGCAGCUGGCUCAUACACUAUAUCAGAGAUAACACCGAAGAAAUUGUACAGAGCAACUCAUGUGAAUGCAGAGAAAAGAAGCAAGUACUGUAAGACUGAUUUUGAAAUAGAAAUAACUGAUGAUGGGGAAAAGUACAGAUGCCAAUGCGGACUAUUCGACCACAUGGGUAUGGUAUGCUGCCACAUAAUAAAGAUGCACGUGACAUCCUACCUGACCAUCUUAAACAUUACCAGAAAGACAUGAGUCCUAUUGAAUCUCCAACAUACAGAGACUCUUCUUUGUACAAUGCCGCACUUGAGCUGGUCAGACUUGGCGACACAAAUGUUAAGAGUUACGAGUUCACUAUUAAUUACACAAAGGAAGGAUUAUUGAAUGUGGCCCCUCUUUGCAAUAGGGGAGAUGGCAUGAGUGUGUUGGACAAAGCUUCAAGUGUUGCUAGGUCAAAUGCAACAAGCAAAAUCAGGGGAGAUAUGAGCAUGAACAUGGUAGCUGAUGCACAAGAAUUUUCAGAACUCCGUCACAUUCAUAUGGCAAAACGCACAAGGUCUGAAAGUUCGUGCAUGAAUGGAGGUGAUGCUAACGAAGGUGAAAGUUCAGAGUUAAUGAACGAUGUAUUCUCACCUGAUAGAAGUCACCAUGAGUUAUCCGCGCCACCUCCAAAGAGGUUGAAAGGCAGACCUCAAGAGAGAAGGCGCCUUAUGAGAAGAAUGUUAAGAGAUCGAGAUUCUGCAAGAUUUGCAGGGGCGAAGGACACAAAUGCACAACAUGUUCAAUGAGAGGUGAUGCACCGGUUAAACCGCGAAAACAAUCUACUUGCACAAAUUGUGGUGUAGCAGGGCAUCGACGGAACAGUUGCGGCAAGAAGGCAAUGUUCAACGACAAGAUUGUUAUGGAAUGAAUCAUGAAGUGUUGAACCAGAAUAAUGAAAAAAGUACAUUGGCAUUUCUAACAUGUAUCUGCGAUGAAACAGUCUCUUUUGAAUAAUUCAUGUUGUUUGAGUGCAAAAUGGAAAACAGCAUAAUGAUUAGUUUCUUUUAUUGUACUGGUUCUUAGAUGCACCGUGUUUCUUAUAUUCAUUUCUUGCUUUUAGUAUAAAUUUAUAUUUA